AUGGUCUACACAGCAUCUUUCGCUUUCUUCGAGGCGCUCUGGGAGUACGGCGUCAGCCAUGUCUUCGUCAACCUUGGAUCGGACCAUCCGUCUAUCAUCGAAGCUAUUGUCAAGGGUCAGAAUGAGAAGAGAGGCCAAUUCCCCAAAAUUAUCACAUGUCCUAAUGAGAUGGUUGCCCUCUCCAUGGCGGACGGAUACGCCAGACUGACAGGCAAGCCUCAAUGCGUUAUCGUACACGUCGACGUCGGAACCCAAGGCCUCGGGGCCGCUGUACACAAUGCCUCGUGUGGUCGCGCACCUGUUCUGAUAUUCGCGGGUUUGUCGCCUUUCACCAUUGAGGGCGAGAUGCGCGGCAGCAGAACGGAAUACAUCCACUGGAUACAAGAUGUGCCAGAUCAGAAGCAGAUUGUGGCACAGUACUGUAGAUAUACUGGGGAGAUCAAAUCGGGCAAGAACGUCAAACAGAUGGUCAAUCGAGCUCUGUCCUUUGCCAUGAGCGAUCCCAAGGGGCCUGUCUAUCUCUACGGCGCGCGUGAGCCCAUGGAAGAGGACUUGACCCCGUAUAAGCUGCAGAUGGACUACUGGCAACCCGUCGAACCGGCUGCUCUCCCUCCGAAGGGUGUCAAGAUGAUUGCCGAAGCCCUGGUUAACGCCCAAGAGCCGCUCAUCAUCACUGGAUACUCGGGUCGAAAUCACGAUGCUGUGCAAGAGCUCGUUCGGUUAGCCGACAAUGUCAAAGGUCUACGCGUCCUAGAUACUGGCGGAUGUGAUAUGUGCUUCCCGGCGAACCACCCAGCUUGGCUCGGUCUGCGAUACGGUAAUGACCCCGCCAUCAAAUCAGCCGAUAUCAUCCUAGUCCUUGACUGCGACGUGCCCUGGAUCAACACCCAGUGUCACCCGAAAGAAAACGCCAAGAUCCUUCAUAUCGAUGUCGACCCACUGAAACAGCAAAUGCCCGUUUUCUACCUAAACGCCAUACAACGCUACCGAGCCGACUCAUAUACCUCACUGACGCAGCUCAACGAAUACCUCGAAUCACAGCUCAAGGAAACGCUUUCUAGUCAGCUCUUUAGCCAACGUUGGUCAGCAUUACAAGAGUCACACAAGAAGAAACUAGAAGGCAUUGCAAGCGAGGCCAAGGUUGACGAGGACGGCCAUUUCAGCACCCCAUACCUUUGCUCCCAACUCAAGAAACUUUGCCCAAAUGACACCAUUUGGGCGGUCGAGGCCGUUACCCAGACUGGCUUUGUCGCAGAUCAGAUUCAGGCUACACUUCCAGGCUCAUGGAUAAACUGUGGUGGUGGCGGUCUCGGUUGGUCUGGAGGUGGUGCGCUUGGCAUAAAGCUCGCAACCGACACAGAAGGAAAGAAACAAUUCGUGUGCCAGAUUGUUGGCGACGGCACCUAUCUUUUCUCCGUCCCUGGAUCAGUAUACUGGAUCGCGCAACGCUACAACAUUCCCAUCCUCACCGUUGUGCUCAACAACAAGGGCUGGAACGCCCCGCGAAGGUCUAUGCUAUUGGUACAUCCCGAUGGUGAGGGCUCUAAAGUCAGCAACGAAGAGCUCAACAUCAGUUUCGCGCCGACUCCAGACUACUCGGGUAUUGCCAAGGCGGCGAGUGGAGGCAAAAUUUGGGCUGCGCAUGCGAGCACUGCGGACGAGCUCAGCAAACUGCUACCAGAAGCCAUCAAAAGUGUACUUGGUGGAACAUCUGCUGUUUUAGAUGCUCAUCUGGAGGGACCGGAAGGCAAGUAUGGAGGUGGUAAAGGUCGUUUGGGUUGA